AUGGUUGAACAGGAUCAGCUGAAGGUUGCUGAAGUUGGAGACAGUGUUAAUCUGUCUUGCUUCAGUACAAGAGAUAUAAAAACUACCAUUGUGUGGAUCAAACAAAACCCUGGAGAAAAACCUGUUGAAAUCGCUACAUCAUAUCAGCAGCAAGCUGGAACAUUUUAUAAUGGCUUUGAGAAGAGCUGCCGCUUUAAAACUCAAGCAGCACCUGGCAGUUUUAAUUUGACCAUCUCCAAUUUAGAGCCAUCAGACACGGCAAUGUACUACUGCGCUGUCAUCUUUAUAUAUGAUAUCACCUUUGGAGAAGGCACUGUUCUUGUUGUAAAAGGUGCACCGCUGACAAAGCACAAAGUUCACCAGCGUCCUGUGUUAAAGGCAGUUCAUCCAGGAGACUCUGAGACUCUGCAGUGUACAGUGCUCACUGAGAGCUGCUCAGGAGAACACAGUGUGUACUGGUUCAGACAUGGAUCAGGAGAAUCUCAUCCAGGAAUCAUUUACACUCAUGGAAACAGGAGUGAUGAGUGUAAGAGAAGCUCUGAGACUGAUUCUCCUACACAGAGCUGUGUCUACAAACUCCCCAAGAGAAACCUCAGCCUCUCUGAUGCUGGAACUUACUACUGUGCUGUGGCUGCAUGUGGACAGAUACUCUUCGGGAACGGAACUAAAUUGGAUCACAAAGGUGCCGUUGAUGCCGCUCAGAUGAAUCAGUGCUGCUGGGGGGCUUUGGAUAGCACCAACAUGCGGGUGUCUGCCUCCACAGUGCCAGUCGAUGUCUUGGAGGACACUGAGUCGGUGCCUGCCCCAGUAAUGCCUAAAGAUGCUCCAAGGAGCAUGUGA